AAUGAUUAUCUAAAACUUGUAAUUCGAAGAAAUAAUAAUUAAACCAAAGAGUAUCAAAAACAAAAAUGCUAUUAAAGAGAAGCUUUAAUCAGAUAAAGUAGAAGAGAUUGAUAUAAAUGAAAUAACACCUUAUUAAAUACUUGAAUUAUUUCCAAAUCAUGUUACUUUAUCAAGUUCAAACAUUCUGAGUGAAUUAUUGAAUUAAAAUUUGUCAGAUGAUUGCUUAUAUAAAAUCUUAGGUAUUUUAAUUUAAUGGGACAACUAAAACAAUGUGGAUUUUACAAAAUUAUAUAAACAAUUAUUUUAUUCACCCAUGUAAUUAAAUUUAUUUAAUUUAUAGUUGUAAGAGUAUCGUAUCAACCCAUUUAAAUUAUAGUAGUGAGACACUCAUAAUAAUUGUUAAUUAAUUGAUUUCUGUGUUUUAAACAGCCAUUAAUGAUGAACCUUCCAAAAUUGAAAAUGUAUUAUUUAUAAUUUAAUUUAUAUAGAUAACAUCAUGGAUAUCUAUUCUUAUAGAAAAUAAUAAAUUAACAAUGCCAAAAAAAGAGACAUUAAAAUUAUUAGAGUUAUUGAAACAAUAUUAAAAAUAUUAAGAAUCAAUAAGAAAUAUCAAGCGACUUAUUAAUUUUAGUCCAGUCUAAUAAAAGAAAGAGAAUAAAGUAACCCAAGUGUAUUUUUGAA